UCUGAAUUAGCAUGCUGGUCCCAUAAUUCUUUGUGCACAAACAUAAUUCCCUUCCAUAGAAGUCACCUGGUACAGCAUAUCUGUGUUGACACUCUAUAGAGCAGUUUAUAGCAGCUGGUCAGUUUUGCGCUUCACUCUUAAAGAUGAAUCACACUCCUCCAGCCGAGUGCUGCGCCUUCGAGUCGCCCAUCCUGGACCAGGUUUUGCCUCCAAUACUGAUCAUGGAGUUCAUGUUUGGGCUGAUGGGGAACGUUGUCGCCCUGUGGAUGUUCAUCUUUCACAUGGACGAAUGGAAGCCCAACUCUGUGUACCUGACUCACCUGGCUGUUGCCGACUCCAUCGUGCUGUUCUGCCUGCCUUUCAGGGCCGACUACUACAGGCGUGGAAAGAACUGGGUGCACGGCGAUGCCAUGUGUCGCAUCCUGCUCUUUCUGCUGGCAGCCAACCGUGCGGCAGGGAUUUUCUUCCUCACGGCUGUAGCUGUUGACCGUUACUUCAAGAUUGUCCACCCAAGGAGCUGUAUCAACCGGAUGGGUCUCGGCUACGCUCUCUGGGUCUCCCUUGGCCUCUGGGCUCUGAUUUUUCUUGCCACAGGGUAUCUACUUGCGAAUGAGCACUUCUUCUACAACAGAAACCAAACCCAGUGUGAGAGUUUCAACAUCUGCAUGGGCUUCAGUCCCCUCUCCACCUGGCACAACACUUUCUACGUCACCCAGUUCUUCCUGCCCACCUUAAUCGUCGCUUUCUGCUCCUUCAGAAUUACAUGGCAGUUGAGAGUCAGGACUAUGGACAAGAAGGGGAAAAUCAAACGAGCCGUUCAGUUUGUCUUGGCUGUGGCGUUGAUUUUUAUUAUCUGCUUCUUUCCCAGCACCAUAUCACGCAUUGCUGUCUGGAUCCUCAAGGCAUGGUACGAUGAAUGCAAAUACUUCCAAGAGGCCAACCUGGCAUUUUACACUUCGGUGUGUUUCACAUACUUCAACAGCGUCCUCAACCCUGUGGUGUAUUAUUUCUCGAGCCCUGCCUUCAGCGGCACCUUCAAAAAGCUCCUGAAUAAACUGCUUGGAAGGACAGAGGAAGACCAAGAUCAGAUGGAUUCAACUCAGGGCAACGUUUCCACUGUUGAUAAAAGAAAGAUUUAAAGCUGGUGCGUUUGUUUUCCCUUUUCACUUUGCAGGGGUUCUCUCAUGAAUGCAAAAUGCUUGUUAGAUUCCUGCCUACUGACAUAAUUACAAGUAGGGAUGAGGUUUUGCUGUGGCUUUGAAAAACACAAUUGCCCAACCAAAUAAUAUAAUUAGUGUCUUAAUGCUGCUUGUAUAGGAUUACCAAAAAUCUUCAAGAUUAUGUUUAAUCAAAUUGAUCAUGAGCGAUUAACAAACAAAAAAACAUUUGAUGCAAUGUGAUCUAGUCAAUUAUGCCCUGCUUAUUCUUGUAAAUAUGGAUAUGUGUUUAUGGGCUUUUUUAUUGCUAAGCUAGUUCAAGGCACUUUAUGACAAACAAAUAAUAUUUGAAAUACAAAUCAGUUAAACAGCCAUAGGGAAAUUUGGAUUGAAGUAAAAGUGGUGAUACCACGUUGUAGGAAUAUACUGUUACAAUAAAAGGACAACACGUAAAAGUAAUACUUCUACAGAAUGGACCUUUUCAGAAAGAUGUGUGUUAUAUUGUUUACUUUUAUUACAUUAUUCAUCACUAUGUAUAUCAGAUGGGCUGCUUUUUACCACAAACAUAUACAACUUGGUAGCUUGUAAAUGUCUCCAAUGGAUCAAUAGUAUACUAUUUAUACAAAAUAAUUUAUACAAGUUUUAUCAUUCAUGUUUUGUAUUAUUAAUCUAGUUCAGUAAUGAAGAAAAUGGAAAUACUCAAGUAAUGUACAAUUACCUUAAACUUGUGUUUAAGUAUAGUAGGCUACUUGAUUAAAUGUGCUCAAAGUUAUAGGGCGUAACUAAAUAAAUAUUUUAAAGUAAUUUAAGUACACGAUGUUAUGCCCCUUUUUGUUAUUUACAUGUUGUGGGUCAACAUUGUACUGUUCAGCUAAUGGAAUACAUUUAGGAUGACACUUUAUGGUGGCUUUAGUUGUCUUUUGUCAUUCUCUGUGCACAUAUUUAGCAAAUUCCUUGCCUUUGUUUCCUGUCACAUUUAGUUUUCUUUAAAUAAAUCUAAUUGAUAAUAACCAAUAUAAAUCAAAUGCA